UCAGUAAGAGGCAGCAGGCUCGCAAUGAGCGCAUGCUGCAGGAUCUGUUGAAAGUCCCCGGAAACGACAGGUGCGCCGACUGCGCUGCGAGGAACNCCAGCNUGGGAAUCUUCCUCUGCAUGAGCUGCGCCGCCAUACAUCGCAAAAUGGGCACUCACAUCUCAAAAGUCAAGUCGCUGAGCAUGGAUAGCUGGUCCCCCGACCAGGUCGACAACAUGAAGCGCGUAGGAAACGUCGUCUCCAAUCGCACCUUCAACCCACAGAACGUCAGGCCCGACAUUCCCACCGAUGCUGACGAGGUCGGCGGCGUUAUGGAACGCUUCAUCCGCCAAAAGUACGAGCACAAAGCCUUUGUUGGCGCGAGACCUAGGAGUCACACGGUUGGUGGCGCCAGUAUUAGCUCGACAGAAGGAGUUCCACCGCCUCUACCACCAAAGCCUGGAAAGAAGUUUGGUUUCUCGCUCGGAGUCCGCUCAUCGUCGGCCACUCAACAGAGAUUCACUCCUCCACUGUCGCCCGCCUUGACUGGUUCGGAUGGCCGUUCGACGCCGCCGAUUGGAAAGAUGAACAAGCCUUCGCGAGUGUUUGGGUCUAAUGUCGGAAAUCAAGAGGAAGAAACGUUUGACACAAAAUUGGCUUCGCUGAGAGAGAUGGGCUUCCCGGACACACGCCGCAACUCGAUGGUUCUCAAGAAUGUUAAUGGAAACUUGGACAAGGCAGUUGAGACGCUUGUGCGCUUGGGCGAUACUACUUCAGGGGCACAGGGUACCCUGACGCCCAUGUCAGGCAGCACUAGCAGCUCCAACGCAAACGGUAUCUACAUCGAGAAACAGAGGGCACAACCAGAAAAGGCCGCUUCUUCGACGAACCCCUUUGAUGCGCUGGAUCUACAGCCUCCGCNNGCCGCGCCUUUACUCAACCCGCUCUCUCGACUCACAGCCUCAGGCUCAGCAGUCUCUCCAGAACUCNNUUUCUCGGCCAUGCAGAUUUCCAAUCAACAACCUCAGCAGUACCAAAACAACCCGUUCAUGCCUCAGCAGAUGCAACAGCCUCUACAGGUCCCUACAUAUCCCCCUCAGGACACACAACAGCACCAACAGCCUCAACCACAGAAAACUCAAUCUCAAACAUUCGCUCCCUCAAAUCCAUUUGGCAUACAACUAUCAGCCACCCCACAAAACCCAUGGCUCGCACAGCCUCAAGUCCAGACACCGCAAGCACAGUCGUUCUACCAGCCUCAACAGGACUUCUUCUCCGCACAGCCACAACAACAACAACAACAACAACAACAAUCUCAAUAUCAGCAGCAACUACAGCAGCCACAACAACAGCAAAAACCCUACCAACAACCUCAGCAGCUGGCUCCUCAACACACCUCGAACCCCUACGCAAACAUGGCACCUCAGCCAAACUCCAAUCCUUUCCAGAUACUUCAAUCCAGUCAGCCGGAACCCUAUCAAUCCUACCAGUCCGUUCAACAGCAGAUGCCUCAGCAACAGCAACAACUAUAUCCACAACCUACCGGUCGCUAUGGCAAGACGGAUAUCAUGGCGCUCUACAACCAACCUCAACUGGCGCCAUCAAGACCCCUUCAAUCGCUUCCUGAAAACGGCAUGGCACCUGCAGUCAUGCCCCAGCAACAACAGCAACAGAUCCAAGUACCAUAUCAAAUCCAGCAGCCUCCGCAAAGAAGUGUCACCAUGCCAGUGGGAAGUGGCAGCAUGAAUCCCUUCGGCACCGGUUUCUCCGCACCCCAACAAGAUCAGCAAGCUAGACCUGGCGUCAGGCAUGUCAGUCAGGAAAGCAGAGACUUUGUGGGCAUGGGCAACAGGCCGCAUAGUCCUGAUGCAUUUGCGAGUUUGAGUGCGAGGUAUGCUCGU